UCCUUCCACAAUGUCAAACUUAAAUUUCCCUCAGCUCCUGUUGGCACUUCUUUUGACCUGCAGUUAUGUGUUGGCAUCGGAAAAAUGUAUCUAUUGUCGGGGAAUUAAUUGCCAAAGGAGUAGCUAUGCGGCUGAUGAACAAUGUUCGGAUAAAUUGGAUGCCUGCGUGAGUGUUUUUCAAGGUGGCAUUAUUCAGGCCCAAGGAUGUCUGGAAAGUCUGGAGGAUGAUUGGCGAGGAAAAUGCCAGGAAGAAAAUAGAGGAUCUGGUAUUAAAUGCGAGAUCUGUGUAACCGAAAAAUGCAACAAUUUGGCGCCCAAAAUAGCCAGCUGUAUUCAGUGUAAUAAUACAGAGGACACACAUUGUGCUGAAUCUCCCGAACUCCUAAAAGCUGUACAAUGUCCUAUUGCAAGAUCAGGUAGAAGUUUUUGCUUCGCCAGUUUGCAAGGAGAUCGUUUGGAAAGAGGAUGCUCUCUGACUCUUUCUGAUCAAGUAAAUUGCCUGGCCGAUGCAAAUUGCCACUUGUGCGAUCCUUUGCAACAACCCCACUGCAAUGAUCAAAUUGUAAAAGCAGACGACUCUCCAACCACUGAAGAUCCAACGGAAUCCACAAGUUCAUCAACGGAGUCCACACCUAGUUCAACAAUAACAACGGAAUCAACUUCGAGUUCUACAACAAGUUCAACAACAAGUUCCUCAUCAAGUUCUUCAACAAGUUCAUCAACCAGUUCAUCAACAAGUUCUUCAACAAGUACAACUACAAAUUCACCAGAAACCACCCAAUCCACCACAGAACCUUCGACAACUGAAGAGAUCCCAACCACAACGGAGAAACCAAAUUCGGCAUUCGGUUUACACCUUUCGAUGAUCCUGAUCUUUGCUCAAUUGGCACUUUGCGUUUACAACGUACUUAAAUAAGCUCGGAAUUCGCGUUUAGCUUUAAUUCCCACGACCUUCUCUUCAGAACGCAAUCUAUGUACGACUAUUAUUAAAGUAAUUUUUAUGACAUGACCAUAAA